AUGGCCGGGACGUACAGCUCCACCUUGAAGACUCUGGAGGACUUGACAUUGGACUCCGGGUAUGGGGCCGGGGACUCGUGCCGCUCGCUUAGCCUCUCGUCCUCCAAGUCCAACUCGCAGGCGAUCAACUCUUCGGCGCAGCAACACCGCGGAGCGGCCUGGUGGUGCUACUCCGGCUCCAUAAACAGCCGCCACAACAGCUGGGACACGGUGAACACGGUGCUGCCCGAGGACCCCGAAGUGGCCGACCUCUUCUCGCGCUGCCCGCGCCUCCCCGAGCUGGAGGAGUUCCCCUGGACCGAGGGAGACGUGGCCCGGGUGCUUCGCAAAGGCGUUGGCGGCCGGCGGCAGCCCCUGUUCUCCGCCGAGGCGGUUAGGCGCCUGGCGGGGCUGCUCCGCCGGGCGCUCAUCCGUGUGGCCCGCGAGGCGCAGCGUCUGAGCGUGCUGCACGCCAAGUGCACCCGCUUCGAGGUGCAGAGCGCCGUGCGCCUGGUGCACAGCUGGGCGCUGGCCGAGAGCUGCUCACUGGCCGCCGUCAAGGCGCUGUCCCUGUACAGCAUGAGCGCGGGCGACGGGCUGCGCCGGGGCAAGUCGGCGCGCUGCGGCCUCACCUUUUCGGUUGGCCGCUUUUUCCGUUGGAUGGUGGACACCCGCAUCUCCGUGCGCAUCCACGAGUACGCGGCCAUCUCACUCACCGCCUGCAUGGAGAAUCUGGUGGAGGAGAUCCGGGCCAGGGUGCUGGCCAGCCAGAGCCCCGACGGCGGAGGGGCCGGAGGCGGGGAGGUGUCCGCUGAGGCCCUGGAGAUGGUCAUCAACAAUGACGCCGAGCUCUGGGGCGUCCUGCAGCCCUAUGAGCAUCUCAUCUGCGGCAAGAACGCCAAUGGUGUCCUCUCCCUCCCUGCGUACUUCAGUCCCUACAACGGCGGGUCCCUAGGCCACGACGAGCGCGCCGACGCCUACGCGCAGCUGGAGCUCCGGACCCUGGAGCAGUCCCUUCUGGCCACCUGCGUGGGGAGCAUCUCGGAGCUGAGCGACCUGGUCUCCCGCGCCAUGCACCACAUGCAAGGGCGCCGCCCGCUGGGUCCUGGCUCCAGCCCCGCCCGCCAGGCCCGCCAGCCACCCCAGCCCAUCACCUGGUCCCCUGACGCCCUCCACACGCUCUACUACUUCCUGCGGUGUCCACAGAUGGAGUCCAUGGAGAACCCCAACCUGGACCCCCCGAGGAUGGCCCUGAACAACGAACGCACCUGGACCACUCUGAGAAUGAAGGCGCUAGGAAGCCCUUCCUGUGCUGCUGCAAGGAGAGGCACUUCUACCAGGAUCCACCCUGGAGCUGUCUGGCCCUUCAUGCUGCUGCCGCCGCUGAUGGAGUGGAUGCGCGUGGCCAUCACCUACGCAGAGCACCGCCGCAGCCUCACCGUGGACAGCGGCGACAUCCGGCAGGCGGCCCGGCUGCUGCUGCCCGGCCUGGACUGUGAGCCCCGGCAGCUCAAACCCGAAUGCUGUUUCAGUUCCUUCCGGAGGCUGGAUGCCCGAGCGGCUACUGAAAAAUUCAACCAGGACCUGGGUUUCCGCAUGCUCAACUGCGGGAGGACGGACCUCAUCAGCCAGGCGAUCGAGGCCCUGGGUCCCGACGGGGUGAACACCAUGGAUGACCAGGGUAUGACGCCGCUGAUGUAUGCCUGUGCUGCUGGGGAUGAAGCGAUGGUCCAGAUGUUAAUUGAUGCUGGAGCAAACUUGGACAUCCAGGUUCCAAGCAACUCUCCCAGGCACCCCUCCAUCCACCCUGACAGCCGGCACUGGACCUCACUGACAUUUGCUGUCCUGCACGGACACAUCUCUGUGGUCCAGUUGCUGCUGGACGCCGGUGCCCACGUGGAGGGCUCGGCAGUGACCGGUGGCGAGGACAGCUAUGCGGAGACACCCCUGCAGCUGGCUUCUGCAGCCGGGAACUACGAGCUGGUCAGCUUGCUGCUCAGCCGGGGCGCCGACCCCCUCCUCAGCAUGCUCGAAACCAAUGGCGUGGCCUCCUCCCUCCACGAGGAUAUGAACUGCUUUAGCCACUCAGCCGCCCACGGCCACAGGAACGUCCUGCGGAAGCUCCUGACGCAGCCGCAGCAGGCCAGAGCAGACGUGCUGUCCCUGGAGGAGAUCCUGGCUGAGGGCGUGGAGGAAAGCGACGCGUCGAGCCAGGGCAGUGGCAGCGAGGGGCCCGUGAGGCUGAGCCGGACGCGCACCAAGGCCCUCCAGGAGGCCAUGUACUACAGCGCGGAGCACGGCUACGUGGACAUCACCAUGGAGCUGCGGGCACUAGGCGUCCCCUGGAAGCUGCACGUCUGGAUCGAGUCUCUGAGGACGGCCUUCUCCCAGUCUCGGUACUCGGUGGUGCAGAGCCUCCUGCGGGAUUUCGGCUCCAUCAAGGAGGAGGAAUACAACGAGGAGCUGGCGACCGAGGGCUUGCAGCUCAUGUUCGACAUCCUUAAGACCAGCAAGAACGACUCUGUCAUCCAGCAGCUGGCUGCCAUCUUCAUGCACUGCUACGGCAGCAGCCCUAUUCCCAGCAUCCCUGAGCUCCGCAAGACCCUGCCGGCCAGGCUAGAUCCUCACUUUUUGAACAACAAGGAGAUGUCGGAUGUGACCUUCCUUGUGGAAGGAAAGCUGUUUUAUGCACAUAAAGUCCUGCUGGUGACAGCUUCUAACAGGUUCAAGACACUGAUGACCAAUAAAUCAGAGCAAGAUGGCGACAGCAGCAAAACCAUUGAGAUCGGUGACAUGAGGUACCACAUUUUUCAGAUGAUGAUGCAGUAUCUGUACUACGGGGGAACAGAAUCCAUGGACAUCCCCACCGGCGACAUCCUGGAGCUGCUGUCAGCUGCCAGCUUGUUCCAGCUGGACGCCCUGCAGCGGCACUGCGAGAUCCUGUGCUCCCAGACCCUGAGCGUGGAGAGCGCCGUGAACACCUACAAGUAUGCCAAGAUCCACAGCGCCCCCGAACUGGCCCUGUUCUGCGAGGGCUUCUUCCUCAAGCACAUGAAGGCCCUGCUCGAGCAGGACUCCUUCCGGCAGCUCAUCUACGGCCGCAGCAGCAAAGUGCAGGGCCUGGACCCGCUGCAGGACCUGCAGAGCACCCUGGCGGAGCGCGUGCACUCUCUCUACGUCACCUCACGUGUGUGA